AUGACGAGGUUAAGUUAUGGAGAGAAACAUUGGAUAAGGCAAGUUAUAUCAGUGCAUUAUGUAGACCAGUUUGGUGUUUUAGGAAUUCAGAUCGUGGGUACAACUAUAUAUCUAAAUAUUCUUGUGAAGGAUUUGGCUGGUAUACCAAGAUACUUCCAUCUAGAUCAUGUGGAAAUUCCAUUAUCCCCCACCACAUUAGAACAAGCUACCUCUCAUCCGCCCUGA